CCCCCGCCUACCCUGCCGCCAUGUCUCUUCCCGUCAUGCAGCCGGUUGUCCGGUGGCUGAAUACCAGCCAGUCACUGCUGCCAGUGCGGGUUUGGGGCCGGGCCGCGCGUUUGGGCCUUCUGAGCCUGCUGUACCUGAGCCAGGGCAUGCCGAUCGGCUUCCAAGCACGUGGGCUGCCGAUCCUGCUGCGCACGCGCGGCGUGUCCCUUUCGCUGAUCAGCUUCAGCCUGACGGCCAUGUCCAUCAGCUGGAUGCUGAAGCCCCUGUUUGCGGCGCACAUCGACAACACCUUCUCGCCGCACAUCGGCCGCCGGCGGUCAUGGCUGAUCCCGCUGCAGUUCGGCCUUGCGGCCCUGGCCCUGGUGGCGGCCUACCUCGCCGGGCCGCUGGAUGACGGUGCCGCCAGCAACCUCCCUGGUCUCUUCAUCUCCUGCUUCCUGUUGAACUCCCUGUCCUCGGCCCAGGACAUCGCGGUCGAUGGCUUGGCCAUUGACAUCCUCAGUGAAACGGAGCUCGGCUCCGGCAACAGCAUCCAAGUGGUCGGCUUCAAGGCCGGCAUGUUUAUCGGGGGCGCCUCGCUGGCCAUGUCGCCCUCGCCGCGGUCGACCUUCAACAUCAUGUUUUUGAUCAUGCUCUUUGUGGCCAUUUUGGUGCUCCUCUUCCCGGAGACGCGCCUCACCGGGUCCACGGCCUCGGCAAGUCGGCCGGCCACGCCGGCUGAGUCGGCCACACCGGAGGCCCCCUGCAUGGCGAGCGAGCCGGCAAGUGCGGGCAGCUGGCUCGGUCGCUCCGGAGUGGCGGCCUUCCUGCGCAUCAUCACCGAUCGGUCCCUGCUAUGGGCCCUGCUUUUCAUCAUCACCUACAAGACCGGCGAGGGGGCACACGACAUGCUCUUCAAGCCGCUGCUGGUGGAUUCGGGCCUGACGCCGGCGCGCAUCGCCACCCUGACCGGGCUCUUUGGGGCGGUGAUCUCGGUCGCCGGGUCCUUCGCCGGGGGACUGCUGGCGGAUCGGCACCCUGGACGCCAGCGCCUGCCGCUGCUGCUGGUCAUUUUGGCCCUGCGAUCGCUGCCGAUGAUCGGCAAGACCGUGUACGCGUAUGCGGUUGAUCGGGCUGGCUCGGCAGCCGGGCCGGCCUUCGACCGGUGGCCCCUGCUGGCCGUCAUCGCCGGGGAGAGCUUCAUCGGUGGGGCCCUGACCACGGUGACCUUCGCCUUCAUGAUGUCGGUGGCCUCGGCCUCCGGUCCGAGCGGGGCCACCCGGUACACGGCCUUCGCCACGGUGGAGAUCCUCGGCAAGACCAUCAGCUACGCUUCAUGCGGGGCUAUUGCCGGGUACUUUGGCUAUGGGCCGGUCUUCUUCUGGGCCACGGUCAUCUCCAUGGUGCCGAUUGGCGCUGUUUACAUGGAAUGGCGCGAGGGGGGCCUGGGAGGGGCUGCCGCGACGAUCGGCGACGGGCCGACCCCCGGCCAGCCGUCUACCGGGGCGCCAGCGCGCGAGACCAUCCCGGUGGCUGGCUCGCCCAAGAUCAAGGAUCUUUGAGUCGAGCCCCUGCCGGAGGCGACGCGGCGCGAGGGGAGACACGCCAAUAGAUCCCUUGUCCUC